UGUGCUUGAAUUUCAGACAGGCAGUUUUCUUGGACGUGAUUUACACAUUUGACUUCGUCGUUUUUUUUUUGUUUUUUGCAUCAUUUGGGUUUGCUUUGUUUUGCUUCACAGCUUUUGAUUGGACCAGUGGAGCAGAGUGUUGAUAGUAGUCACAAAAUCUGAUUUAAGCAUUCAAAUAAUGUCAUGCGUUUUUCUAUAUUUGAUUUUUAAAGCGUGUUUAGUGAGUUGCAGUAGGUAAAAUACAUGCACAGAGAAUUAGUGGGAGUAGUGCCGGCUGACAGACGUGUUGGAGGGAAUCAUUUGAGGGUUUUACUUGUUUCAUUGCGAUAUCUGGCACCCAGCGCCAGCCUGUGUACUGUCAGCCCGUCAAAAACUCCGGAGGUCUGCUGCUGUCAGCCGAGACAUGUUCAAAACAGAAAAACUAAAGGCUUUGGUCAACGACCGACUGAAGGCGGCCGCUGAGGAGAUCUUCAUCCUGUUUGAGCGAACCAUCAGAGAAUAUGAGGAGGAAGUGUUUGGUUCAAGCCGGCAGAUGGAGCAGCAGCGGAGGACGGCCGGAUGGAGAGCUCCCCUGCAGCUCUCUGUCCAGAAAGAGGAUGUUCCCUUUGAGCAGGAUCACCGUGAAAAGAGGAUGGACCAGUGCGAGGAUGAUCGAGAACCCCCGCACAUAAAAGAAGAACAGGAGGUGGAACCGUUGACAGCCCAGGCAUGUGAAAAGCAGGAAGAAACAGACACCAAAGACUCUAUGUUUAAUAUAAUUUAUGUAGCGAGAAGUGAUGAGGAAGGAAGACGCUCACCACAUCAAAACCAAAUAGUUAAAAAUAAAGAGGGCGACCUUUUGCCUGGUAGCUCAUCUCAACCUGUUAAAGAAGAUGCACCAGAGCCAACCAGUGACUGUCAGAUGAGUGAAGGAAGUGAUGACGACUGGAGAGACGAUGGAGGACUUCACUCUGACGUAAACAAGAACAAACCACAGAGAGCUGGUGAGACAGUCGACAGGCCGUACACCUGUAGCGUUUGUAGCAAGAAUUUCAGGAUUAAAUCCAUUCUGACCCGCCACAUGAAGACACACACAGGGGAGAAGCCGUACAGCUGCGGCGUUUGUGGUAAAAGCUUCAUCCAGCGCUCCUAUCUGCAGACUCACAUGAACUCUCACUCUGGACAGAAACCGUACAGGUGCAGUUUCUGUGGCAGAGGAUUCACACAGGUCGGAAACAUGAACGCCCACAUACGAAUCCACACAGGAGAGAAACCGCACAGCUGUACUGACUGCGGCAAAAGCUUCAGAGAGAAAGCUGACCUCAUCAAGCACACAAUAAUACACACCGGUGAGAAGCCAUAUAGUUGCACUGUGUGUCAUAUGAAAUUCAGCGCCCAGUCGAAUCUGACCCGCCACAUGAAGACUCACUCGGGGGAGAGACCUUAUAGUUGCACUGCUUGUGGAAAAAAAUUCAUCCGGCGCUCUCAUUUAAUCAUUCAUAUGAAGACUCACACAGCAGAGAAUCAGUAGUUUAUUAGAUUUUUUUUGGUAGAGUGAAUGAGGACACACAUUACAUGAAGCAUAAAUGACUCAAAACUUGUACUGAACAGUUUCUUAGUUCUUGCUAUGUUAUAAUAAAAGAUGAAAGUUUAAAAUUAUCUCCAGGUGAUUUCAAUUAGCAGCUGUUAAAUCAGUAAAGUAGGCAUUAAGACGGCAUUUUUAUGUUCUCCAAAAUCAUCAGUUUGUCCAGUGGUCCUGGGUGAUACAUUUUAUUUGUUGUCAAAACAUCCCAUGAAAAGAGCAACACAAAGGGCACUUAUUUCCUACUGAAGAAAGAAAUCUUUAAUAUUCACUUACAAUUUGGAUAAUUUUUAUUACAAAAGGGGUAUUGUAGUUUUUGUGACUAUUUCUCAAGAGUAAAUUGUGCAAUUGUAGGAAUUUUGGGGGGAUUUUUAGUGAGGAAGAUGAAUUUGGGAUUUAUGUCUAAUAAAGUACAAUGUGUGUGUUCACUGUAGAACAUGUAACCAGGGCAACUGUGGGUUGUCAGACAACAGCUCAUCUCUGUAGUGCAGAGGAAUACCAUAUAUCUGCCUUUGUCUACAAAGACAACACUUAGAAGCAUCAGUUAAAUGUUUGAUCACUUAUAAGACUGAUCCAGAAAAUAUGGCUGAUCUUGGGACGAUUUUUACCCAACAUGUUCAGCCAACAGUUUCCUUUUGAAUGAAGAAAUUCUCAGGGUUUAUUACAAUGAUGGGAUCUGGAAUCUGUAGAGAUGGCCGAUAGGAUUAUCCAAAGCAGAAUGUGGAUAAUCAAACACUUAUUAAAUCUCUUCACUUUGGCAGCAUAAAGUGACAGAUUCUAUAAAACACUGAACAGAGAGCAGAGCCCAGAGUGUGGUUUUACACACUUCCCUUUUGCCAGUAAUGUCUAAACAAAGCUGGUAUCAAACCCCCUACUAGAAUACAGAGAUUCUUAUACGUCUUUCUGGAAUUUUUAAUUGACAAAUCCUUUUUUUAAGCAUAUUUUGGUUUGUUUGUAUGUGGUUUUUUUUGUUUGUUUUUAUAAACCAUAGGUCUGUGUUUAAGAAUGACAUGUCAAAGCCAUCUGUGAUUUAUUAUGUAACUCUAGGAGUGUUUUUGUUCAUGCAUGUACUUUUUUUUAACCUACCUAAAGAAAGAGUGAACUGCCAAUUUUUUUCAGUUCUUCAACUUUAAAUGUACGAUAGAAGAGUUGCGUGUGUAAGAAGCUGACCACAAGCAAACAAAAUUAAAGAAUUUCUAAAUUAAAUGCAGUACCAAAAGAAA